GCAACAGGUAUUUUUCUCAAUUGGUGAAGAAAUUUCGACAGGCACGACGUUUUGUGGCAACCUUCUCUAUUCCUUCUUCUUUGCGUUACGGUCUGUUGUUUCAUUUAAGAUUAAGAAUCCAUGAGAACGAUUACUAAACGGCAAUGUCUUUGAAAUUGAAAGUUUGGACACUAGUGGAUAUUGCCUUGAGGGUUCCACCAAUUUUUCUCAUCGAUACUGCAUUAAAAUAUGGUGUUAAAGCCACAACUAAAUCAGAAAACUCUUCAUCAUUAUUGGAUUUAAAAUUAGGAAACCAGAGUGAAAUACACCGGUGGUCUCCAAUUAUAGAAGAUAUUGGAAUCUCUGUAUUUUGGACUUUACUUUACAUUCAAGUUUUCUUCACAGCAUUGUUGGUCUUCCUCUUCAGCACAAAACAACUCAUUUUAAUUUACAUUAGAGUGGCAUCAGUAUUUAUAAUAGUAACAGCGUAUGAACUUAAUACGAGUCUUGUUAAUUUAAAAACUAGAAGGCUGAAACAAUCUCAACCAAACACUAUCUGCUUAGAGGCCAUAUCAAAUCAUGUUUUACUACUAAUAUUGGCCAUUGUAUUUUCAUUUACUAAUACGGCAAAUAUACUGCCACAUUCUGUAGUGUGGGUGUUUUUCUUUGCACCCUUGUUGACUUGCACAUUAUCAGUACCUCUGCCAAUUGUAAAAUUCACACCAUUAUUAUCAGCUAUUGUAUGUGGAAUUCUUUUAGCGUAUAGUGUAUGGUUACAUGGUUUGCAAGUUUGUGAAACCAUAUAUAAAGGUGUUACUUGGUGUCACAGUGUAGUUGAAAACUAUGGUCUCUAUACAAUGAUUGAGACUCACUGGCUUAAUCUUCAUAUACCACAAGUAUUUAGAGCCUAUUGGCUCAUAAGACUAUCGGAAUAUAUAAUUAAUACACUCCACGAAAGUGGAUUCGCAUCACUUUCAAUUAGUGAUCUAUUUAAGGGGAUUAUACUACAUGGAAGCGAAAAUAUUAUAACCCUGUUUGGGAUGACAAGCAUAAUUUCUUUUAUGUGCCAAUUUUCAGGUGAACAAAUUCAAGUUUUUCUUAGGGUCAAUGAUCCAAAGGAAAAAAAUAUUGGUGGAGUAACAGCACUUCUGUUUCUUAUUCUUUCAAUACAAUCAGGAGUUACAAGUUUAGAUCCAAAUGAAAGGUAUAAUCGUAUUAUUCGGAAUUUGUGCCUUCUCUUCACUGCUUUACUUCACUUUGUAUACAACAUUGUAAACCCAAUGUUGAUAUCUUUAAGCGCUUCUAAAAAUCCUUCCAUUGGAGACCAUAUAAGAGCUUUAGUAACAUCGGCUAUUUUGAUAAUUUCCUCCGCGAUUAUUUUAAAAUAUCAGUGGAAUACGCAGAAUUCAAGUACUUGGAUAUAUGCUAUUACCUCUUUCAUGAUUGAACUUAUUAUUAAAUCAAGUGUCUCAUUAACAAUUUAUACACUUUUUACUAUUGAUGCAUAUAAAAAUGGUUUAUGGGAAAACUUAGACGAUUAUAUUUAUUAUUUGAAAGUAACAAUAAAAGUCACAGAAUUUUUGAUUGGAAUCUAUCUGCUUCUGAAUGGAUUAUGGAUAUUUUUAUUUGAAUCAACUGGGAUGAUCCGUGCUUGUAUGAUGUGCCUGCAUGCUUAUUUCAAUAUUUGGAUACAAGGUAAAAAAGGAUGGGAAUCAUAUGUAUUGCGCAAUUCUGCUCUGAAAAGAAUAAAUUUCCUUCAAAUAGCAACCAGAGAACAACUUCUGAAAAAGAAAGAUGUAUGUGCCAUUUGUUUUCAGGAGUUGAAUUCAGCACGUAUAACCCACUGUAAUCAUUUCUUUCAUGGAAUUUGUCUUAGGAAGUGGUUAAAUGUGCAAAAUAGCUGUCCACUUUGUCAUUCUUCCUUAUGUAAGGGCAAUAAUUUACGCUGUUAAUUGGUAUCAUUUUGAAAGGUUCUACUAGACCUAUAAACAUUUUUCACCCAUCAUUUGCAUCACAUUAAUAUCUCAAACUCUGUGAUAGUUCUAUAGAUAAUAUGCCAUGCAAAAGAAAAGUAUAAGCUUUAUCUAAGUUAUUUAUCAUGAUGGAAAAUAAUUCCACAAGCCUGUGAUAUGUAAAAUAAGUAAACCUGUAUUUAUGUACAAAUAAAGAAUUUUUAAACUGAA